AUGGCUCUCGGCUCUCCUCCAACAGAGAUAUGGCGUCGAUUCACGUCCGCUGAGAACUUGAAAGUAUUUGAGAAACUGCAAGAUGGCAUACAGAGCUCCUUCCCCUCAUCCUCUUCCCCGACUUACACCAAGGCGCUUGAGGCCUUUUGGAAGUACUCACUGAUGUGCUUCAGCGUACCAAGACCAAGUACAGAUUUUGAUGGCACGGUGAAGUUCUCCCGUUUGGAUCCUAUCCGCAACUGCCUUGCCGCAGUAGCAGAGGCUAACGGAUGGGUUUGCAACAUGGACAGGGCUGGGAAUGUAUAUCUCCGCUCUAGCAGCUCGGAGUUACCAGCAGUGGUGGUGUUGCAAGGCCAUAUGGAUAUAGUCUGCAGUCAGAACGCCUCGGCCCAGCAUGACUUUGAGAAGGAUCCGAUCAAUGUGAAGGUGUCGGCGGACGGGCUGUGGGUGAAAGCUAUCAAAGAGACUACAUUAGGAGCUGAUAAUGGUGUGGGAAUUGCUGGGGCGCUGGCGGCUCUCACUGCUAUGCCUCGGGAGCCUCCUAUAGAGGUUAUUCUCACUGCCAACGAGGAAACUAAUUUUGAAGGGGCUGAAGGGGCUGAGGAGAAGUUGGUGACUGCUGGUCGCAUGCUGAACCUUGACUCGGAGGAAAGCGGGGAGAUAUGCAUCGGAAGUGCUGGUGGCUUUGAACACAAAUUCUGGCUGCCUCUUGAUCGGUCCCCAGCCCCUGAAGGGUCGAUGCGGCGCUACCGAGUGGCCCUGAAGGGUUUUGCCGGGGGCCACUCGGGCAUCGAUAUCGCUGAGGACCGCCCCAACUGCAUCAAAGUCCUCAAGAGUUUAUUGGGUGGGGUGGUAUCACCCUCUGUGCUGGUGGCUGACGUGCACGGUGGGACGGGUCCUAAUGCGAUCCCACGUGAAGCAGCUGCAGAGGUCGUCACUACACCAGAGCCUUGGGCUGGCGUGGCGAAGAGGAUUACGGAGCAUUUCGAGGAAAUGCUCAGAGACUAUCCUACGGAAACUGCGGCCGUACUUGAGCUGGUUGAAUGCCCAUCGGCCGCUGUAGCAGAAGAUCCAUUGACCGCUGAAUCGACUGAAAAACUGUUAAGUCUGAUAGAGAAAGUUCAGCAUGGUGUUCUCGAGCUGGAGGAGGACCCCGAGGCCGGGUUGAAGACCAGCUGCAAUCUUGGCGUAGUCCGCACUAUGAAGAGGAACGGCGAGGACGGUGCUUUGGUACAUAUCUUCCCAAGGUCAACUUCAAUGGAAUCGAUGAAACGCCUCGGUGAAGAAUUUGCUAUGCUUGGGGACAAAUUCGGGGCGUUUAAUGAGGGUAACAUCUGUCCGUUCCCGGGGUGGGAGCCUGAUAGGAGCUCAGAGCUGUUGAAGGUGGUCACCAGUAUGUGUCCGGCGACAUCCACUCCUCGUAUAUAUACCAUACAUGCUGGCUUGGAGUGCGGUACGCUCAUGUCGCGUCUAUCGUCUGUGAAGGAGUGUGUGAGCAUCGGCCCUACUGUAAAGGGUGCCCACUCCCCCGAUGAGAGGCUUGAGAUAGCGAGCUGUGCCCCCUUUAUCAAGUGGCUUUGUGACGUCAUCAGUGUAUUACAAGCUCAAUCACUAUCACCUUAA